AUGGCCGCCACCAACACGGUUAUAUGCUGUGUUAUUGCCAACGACAUUCUUGAAGACGAUGAUGAUGAUGAUGAUUAUGUGGAUAUGUUAUUGAUGCAAGCUUUGAUGAGAGAUGACAGAGCCAAAUGCAAGAACUAUUUUGAAUAUACGAUUCCAAAAUAUCUACCAGACACAUUCAAACGGUUUUUUAAAGUUAACAGACAAACUGUACAGAGUUUAUGUGAGUUGUUGUCAGUUUGUCCAGAACUACUACAAAGAAUUGUCUCAGGCGGAAGAGAAGAGAUCGCACUAGAAAAGAAAGUGCUUAUGACACUUCGCUAUUUGGCUUCACCUGAGACCCUUCAUGCAUUAAGUGACAAGUUUGGUGUGACAGAGUAUGCUUUUCUCAAGUCAAAAAGACAAGUAGUUUCAGCCAUCAAUAAUCACUUAUUAAAGAGGUUUAUCAGGUGGGCAUCUCGUCAUGAAUUGCCUAACAUAGCAACAGAGUUUAAUGAUGCUGGACUUAAAGAUUUCCCCGGAAUUGUUGGAGCCAUAGAUGGAUCACAUAUAGCCAUAGAGUCUCCACAAGAAAAUCCACAAUCCUAUUUCAAUAGGAAAAGAUUUGCCUCCUUUAUAUUGCAAGCAGUUUGUUUAUAUGACCUGACUUUCACAGAUAUAUGUGUGGGGUGGCCAGGACGAGUCCAUGAUGCUAAAGUUUUCGGCAAGUCAGCUUUGUACAAUUUCGGAUUCCAGAAGUGUGAGAAUGGCAUUUACCACAUCAUAGGUGAUGCCGCCUAUCCCCUCAAGGAAUGGGUUCUUACCCCUUACAGAGAUAGAGGGCACCUGUCUCCUCAAGAGAUUCGUUACAACACUUGUCUGUCCUCAAAAAGACAAGCUAUUGAGAGAGCAUUUGCCUUAUUAAAAGGAAGAUUCAGGAGACUGAAGUAUAUUAACAUUAAAUCUGUGCAAGAAAUAUGUGAGACCAUCUCCGCCGCAUGUGUACUUCACAACAUAUGCAUCAUUGAAAAGGAUGGUGUGGAUAUUGAUGAUGUUGACCAAGAUGACAAGUAUGAACAGCCACUUGUUCCAUUUCCAGCAUUACAGAAUGAUGCACGAGGCAACCUCAAAAGGAUCAGAAUUACAAAUCAGUUACGUUAA